CAGUCUUACUGUGACUGUGAGUGAGGGAGGUUGUGUGCCGCUCCCGUGGUGGCGUGUCCGCUAUCCCGUGUUUAUAAGUGAUUGGGAAAUACCCAAGUGUCAUGAGAGGCCACGUAAAGUGAUGAAAAAUGGCGGUGUCGGAGGAGUUUGUAAACCAACUCCGACAAGUGUUUGAGGUGUGUGACGUAGAGAAUCGAGGAACUAUAAGUAUCGCUCAUCUACUGCAGCUGGCCGGGGAGCACUUCGGCUCCUCCCAGAAUAGUGUGACCUCGGCCGUAGCGAGUUUAGGGGUCAAUGGUGACUCGAUAACCUUCCCCCAGUUCUGUGAGGUCGUGGCUACCAUACUCACCUCCCAUGGCUCGAGUACGGAGGUGGUGGCUGGUGGAGGAGGAGGUGGUGGAGGAGGUAGCGAGAAGGAGGAGGACUUGGUGGACGGCAUCCCUCACUCCACCCCCAAGAGACCCGCGGUGAGUGUGAAGAGACGGCUGACAGGUGUUGAGGAGUCAGUUGGUUCUGGCCGCCGCAGGAAGUACGGUUACCUGGAAGCGUCAUCUGCUAGUCCUAUAUCUCUGGGUGUGGAGAGGAUGCCCGGCGACGACCGUGGGUCACCCUCAUCCCUCACUGACCUCGACUCUGCGCUAGGAGGCAGCACCACCUCCCCGGACUCCACCAGGAAGACACACAGUGGGUGUUCGAGUAUGAGCGACCGUGAGGAGGAGAACUUCGAGUGUUACGGAGAGGCUGACGACAUAGAAUGUGACUCUGACUCGGCCAGGAUGGGUGAUGAUCUUGACGGCAGCAUCAGGAGCCCCCCACACUCUCUACCCCCUAGUAAUUUUAGUCGCAGGAAUUCGUGGGUCAGAAGGUCUUUGCGUGGCUCACCGUCCAGCGCACAGGAGAAAAUCAUCCCUCCUCGACGCUGGGCUUCCUUCAGACACGCCCCUAAGCGGGUCGGAGGCACGGCGGUGGCGUCCCAGCUCUACCGCACCUCCUCCUUCUCCUCAGGCCGCUCUUCCGCCGCUGAUCAGGAAGAUAUGUACUCUGACGCAUCUCUCGAGGACGACGUACUCGACCUCAACCACAAGGUACAAAUGUUGCAGCAGCAAGUAGGAGUUUUAGCAGAGAAUCAGGUGAACUCAGAUGACAGGUUCUCCCGAGUGAAGCAGGACAAUGCUGCCUACCAUGAAAGAGUGGUGAUGCUGGAGGAACAGCUGCGCGAGACAGAGCUGCGGCACGAGGAUAGACAUGCAGAGGAACAGCGCAGGAACAGAGAGCUCAUAACCCGAAUUGAACGAGAAAAAGAACUUAUUAUAGAAAACAUUUCCAUUAAGUUGACAAGUGUAGAAAAGGAUAAUACUGCGAUAGAUAAUGAAUGUAAACGCUUCAAGUCACAGGUUGAGAAGUUACAGAAAGACAAGGAGUUACUGGAAGAUUGGGCAUCUGAGGCAGAGUUCUCGGCUUCUGCUCUGCAUCAGGAGAAUUCAAAGUUAGCAGAACUAUCCAGGAGAGAGAAAGAAGAAAUGAAAGUGGAGAGAGAAAGAAGUGCACAGGUGAUAGAAGAACUGCGUUGUGAAAUAGAGCGGCUGAGAACAGCGGAGGAGACAGCGAGGAAGCGGUCACCAAGUGUGGACCCUCAAACAACACAAUCUGCAGAGCUACAAGCUACUAUUAGGCAAUUAAGAGAGGAGAAUAAAAACCUAGUUGAGCAAGUAGAAGACCUCCAAGCACAACUGUUGACGACACGACUGGAAGAAGGACGCACACUUGUCACAGCAACAAACAACAACUCGUUGGCUGCAGAGUUUGAGGCAAUGACUAGUGAAGAGGGUGCACUCUAUGGCAGUGACACAGUCGAAAAGCUCAAGAAGUCGUUGAAGGAUUCACAGGAGGCCAACCAACACCUGAGGGCUUACAUAGAUGGUAUUCUUCUCAACAUUGUGGAAAAUUACCCGCAAUUGUUGGAGGUGAAGCAGAAAUAAUAGCAAAGACCAAAGGAUUUUAUAUUAUAAGUUUUUUAAAAUGUCUCAAAUUUUAGUACUUUGAAUGAAUCAUUACUGAAACCAAUACAUAAUGUCUCAAUAGAAUAGUUUAAAUCAUGCUAUGCAGUGUUUUCUCUCACAUGUUCAAUAUUGUAAAGUCAUUGCAUUUCCCUUUUUUUCAUUUUAAUGGACUAAAUGGAAGUCCGUUUUUCCUGUAAUAGACAAAAUAAUUCUAAAUACUGCCGUUUCACUUUUAAGUACAGUUUAAAAUUUUAGGACAGUCGAGUUAAUCUUCAUUUUGUAUUUAUGGCGUGGAAUACAUGGGUGAUAAAAUAUGAGAAGAGAAACCUCAUGAAUCUACAGUACAGGGGUAUUGAUUUUUCUCUCUCCAGAGAGUUGGGUUGAGGUUUGAUGCCGACUGAUAUGUAAAAUGCACUCGCAUGGAAAUAGAUCAUUAUACUGUAUAUGGGUGUUAUUUUGGCAGGUGGGAUGAGGUUUAAAACUGGCAAUAUUUUACAUAUUCAGCAUUGAAGAGUCAUGUGCUGUAAUGUAUGUAUAUGGAAGAAUAGUUUCCAUCUAGUGAACGAACAUUAAAAUUCAUAAUAGAAUGCAGAUCAUUUUUAAAGAGUACUUAAUUUGAAGGUCUAGUUUCAGUCAUAGGAAUUUAAAUGUUUUGUUAACAAUUUCUGUUUUGAAUAAGUUCAGUUUACUGGCAGGUCCUCAAGGACUUGUAUACUUCACAGCUGUCAGUACAACCUGGAAGUGUGAGAAAAUCUUAGUGAUGAAAAUUGUGAUUGUGUAAGUAGCUUUGUGGUGGUCAUGCCAAACUCCUAUUAUACAGUAUUGGGAAAGGAACCAGUUUGGCUAUCGAUUCAAGGUAAACUUCACACCAAUGUUUUUUGGUAGGAUUUGAUUUUGACAAAGUCAUGUACACUCUUAAUUACUCGUUAUAUAUUUAUAUUGUUUAUAGUUAAAUUUUUCAAAUUGUGUGGAUACACGCAACAAAUUAAAAUGUUGAUACUUAUAUUGGACAGCUACAACACAUGUUGCUUUGCUGUGAUAUGUAGCGUUAAUUUCAAUAUCUUUAUGAGGAUACGUCUUUCAUAUUGCGAGUGUAAUUCAAUAUGAAAACCAUUCAGUAUUUCUCUUUAAUCUCCAGUUGUGUGGAAGAUAUUCCCUCAUAAUUGAUUCGAACAUGUACAGAUUUACAAAGUUUUAUGUUGUAUAAAGAUGUUAUUAUAAUGCAGUCAUUGUCUUGAUGAAUUGAAGGCAUAAUUAUUAUCUUUUAACUCCUUUAUGCAUACUUUUUUAAUCAUAUAAUCAAUUAUUUGCUUAGGUUUUGCUGCAAUCUUAAAGUCAACAACUUUGGUGUGUUACAAUCUGUGAUAACAACUACUUCUUGCACAAACCAAUCACUAGAACAUCUGUGCUUGAAGCUCUUGCCCCCUCAAUCUGAAGGGUAUUUUUACUUUAAGAAAAUUCAUAUUGUUAAAGUUAGUUAUAAUGAAGUCCUUGUUAGCAGCAGGAAGCUGUUCAGGAUCUCUAAAUUUAUAUUACGGUGACUAGCAGUCUUGGUCACAUUUAUUUGCAAUGUUAUCAGUUAAGUGAUCCAUCACGUGUGGUGGUCUUUCCAUAGUCACAUUUUACGUGGAACCGUCCAGUCUUUAUUUCAUAUUUAUUCUUUCCAGUUUUAUAUCCAGGAGAUGGAGCAGGUACUGUAGUCCUUCAGAAAAGAUAAUGUGAAAAUGUUCCUGAUUCAUUGUCUUGUACAUAAUGUAAAUAGGUAAUGCGUUAACUACUGAUGUACUCCCCUUAAAGAUUGUACGUACUUGUGAAAUGUGUAAUAACCUUUUAAAUGUCGAUUCAAGUUUGUAUGAAAGGAACGAUUGAAACAAUACAUUUAUUUUGUUGA